AUGCCCCGAAUGUCUGCUUCAAUCCCUCGUUGGGUAAACAAAGUGAACGAAGUUUGGGAUAACCUACUCCAUAAAUAUCCUGAAUUUCCAAAUUUUCCUUUAACAGAAGAAAAUUUACCCUUUCAGAUCGGGAAGAAGAUUUCGGUGAAAGAGUAUAAGACUUUCCUCGAUCGCAACGAGGCAUGUGGAUACAAAUUUUAUUUGAAUGACAAAAAAGUAUACAUAGUUGAAAUGGCAAAUGCAGAACAUGAAGCUGUUGUAGAGGUGCUUUCCCAAUGCUUUCGUAGGCCAAAUAACGGUGUGAUACGCGGUCCGAUAAGGUUCACUACAAUCCAGGGACAAAUAACGCCAGACAUUGCAGUUCAACCAAACAAUAAUCUUGUUCAGCCAGCAAUUUCGUAUCCUGGCUUUCCUCGCAGUGACAAAAGAGGAAAUGCUCACGCUAGAAUUAUUUGUGAAGUGGGUAAUGCUCAGAUGGAAUACAAGAUGCGAAACGUGGAUGCGCGAGAAAUACGUUCGUUGUGUGUUUGGGAUUAA